GUAUAGAUGGACAGACGGUAUCACGUUUUUUCUCGAACGCUUUGACACCUGGAAGAGAACGGUUUCUCGCUACACGUAGGUAUCGUCCAUUGCCGACAACGCAAUUUUCGUCUAAUCGAGCGAYCGUCGAUGCCAUUGAAGAUCAAACAUCACCAAACGACGGAACAUCUACUACUCUAUCCAAGGGAAGUACGAGAGUGCAUCUGYASCAACGCGCGGUACKAUCAGGUAACUGGUAUUGCGUUCUCCGUUUUCUUCAUUGUGAAAAAGUAUUCGUACGAUAGCUUCCAUUGUGUCGUCUAGUUUUCUUUCUUUCUCCACUCCCUGGCCGGAACACAUUCAAUAAUCUACAAAAUUAUAUCACAAUGCAUCGGGUAUUAGCAUCAGCACUGGUUCUCGCCGCAACGGCGUCGGCCUUCGCGCCAUCGGCUCAGCAGCAGCAGCGACAAGCCCAGCACGCGGUCUCGACCAUGCCCCUCCAGGCCACAAAACUCGCUGCUCUGCCUACCAUUCCCAAUCCCUUCAAAUCGCUUCCGUGGAACRUCGAAAAAGCCCAAAAGUCCCAGGAGCGCAAGAUCAAGCUCGAGCGCUCGAAAAUGCACCGCGAACUCGGCAUCGCCCAGGACGCAACCUACGAAGAGAUUGUCGAGGUCACCCAGCGAAUGAUCGAGGAUGCYCCCGACCGAAAGCGACAGAUCCAGAUCGAGGUCAUGAAGGACAAGAUUUUGCAGGCCCGUUUGAACGAGCGCCUCGCCGGUUUGGUGUCGGACAUUGUCAGCGACGACGCCAAGGCCCAGGAUGACGAGUCGUAAGUUUGUGUCGGUUCGUGUUCUGCUUCGUUGUGUUCCGGCACGCCAUGCUCUGAUUUGGUUCUCUCACCGCGGUUUGCUAUCGUUUUCCCUUUGGAAAUGCCGUGUUUUUGCUGAAAUUUUGUUUUUGUCGGAUGCGCUGCCGUCGACGAUUUGUUCCCCGCUGUUGUGAUGAACCAUCGCUGCCGAACCGUUCUUGUAACACUGCUAACCACGACUGGACAACAGAAACCUCGAAGAGCAAGCGAUCGCAGAAAUGAAAGACAAGAAGGCACCAAAGGAAUGGAACGCCCCCGCCUGGACRCAGGGACUCAUUGUCAAGCCCGACCAGGCCCACAUCAAAUCGCAGGUUCAGAUCUGGGGUGUCAUGACGUUGAUGGGAGUCGCACUUCCCCCCUUUAUCCAGUACGCCAAUCGUUUUUCGUGGAUGGUCUGCGUUGCCCAGCUUUCGUUCCGGGGCAUGGCCAAGCAGGAAGGCGGAGGUGGCGGCUUCGGUGUGAUGCGAAUGGGGAACGCACCCGGUGACAAGAAGCACCUUAAGGUUGCCUGGCUGUUGGGCAUCACCAUCACGAUCGUCGGUGCGGUCGCCACCUACGGAUUGAUGCCAGCCUGGGCCAAGGGACACCGAAUGACGCCCGCYAUUGCCUUUGGAAUGCGAAACUUUAUCUACGGCGUAGCGUGCUCCUACCUCCAGCCUUACAAGGGAUAAAUAACGAUAAUGCUACACUCCACUGUACUGUAUAUAGAAAUUCACUAAUCAUCAACAAAUUCAAUGCAUGGCA